AUGGAACAAGUCGAAGUCCCAUCCUAUUUCCUAUGUCCCAUCUCUCUUGAGAUCAUGAGAGAUCCGGUGACCCUCGCCACCGGCAUCACCUACGACCGCGAGAGCAUCGAGCGGUGGAUAUUCUCCGAGAAGCAUGAGACGUGUCCGGCAACCAAGCAACCAUUGCCGGACCUCGAGCUCACCCCUAACCACACCCUCAGGCGUCUAAUCCAGGCUUGGUGCACCGCCAAUGCCUCCCAUGGCAUCGAACGCUUCCCGACCCCCCGCCCUCCGGUCGACAAGGCACAGAUCGCCGCCCUCCUUGAUGAGGCCAAGCUCCCUCGCUCCCAAAUGAACUCCCUUCGCAAGCUCAAAGCGAUCAUCUCCGAGAGCGACCGCAACAAACGGUGCGUCAUCGAGGCCGCCGGAGCGGUGGACUUCUUGGCAUCACUCAUAAAGGAAAGCAGAUCGAACGAAAGAGAACAAGAACAAGAACAACACGUGUUCGACGAUGGAACUGGAUCCACGACCGCUACCGAUGAAGCUCUCAGCAUUCUAUACUCUCUCCAAAUCUCCGAACAAAGCCUUCUCCAUCUCAUCGAAAGGAAUAAUGGCUUCAUCGAGUCGUUGACGACCGUUCUACGCCGAUCGAACUAUCAGUCCCGAGCUCAUGCUAUGCUGUUGAUGAAAUCUCUAGUCUUGGUGAUGGCUCCGGCCCGAUUGAAGAAAGGUUUCGGGAAGGAAUUGUUUGAAGAGGUGGUGAAGGUGCUACGAGACCAGAUAUCAUACCAGGCUACCAAGGCGGCACUGCGGGUUCUCAGGGAGCUCAGUCCAUGGGGAAGGAAUAGGGUGAAGGCGGUGGAAGGUGGUGCAGUGGGGGUGGUGAUCGAGUUGCUGCUUCUUGGGAAGAGGGAGACGAGGGAAUGCGAGAUGAUGGUGGUGGUUCUGGAGCAGCUGUGCAGGUGCGCAGAAGGGAGGGCGGAGAUGGUGGGGCAUGCGGCGGGGAUCGCGGUGGUGUCGAAGAAGCUGCUUAGGGUUUCAAGGGUGGCGAACGAGAGGGUGGUGAGGAUAUUGCACUCGGUGGCGAGGUACUCACCGACACCAGCUGUGCUGCAGGAGAUGAAGCAGGUGGGAGCCGUGGGAAAGCUUUGUAUGUUGCUUCAGAUGGACUGCGGGGAGAAGGCAAAGGAGAAGGCGAAGGAGAUACUGAGGUUGCACUCCAAGGUUUGGAGGAAUUCUCUUUGUUUAGCUUCUCCAUUGCUGGCUUCAUAUCCUUAUUAG